AUCUAUACAAGGGAAGUUAUCAGUGCUGCCGUGUUGAAGAUUUUCACUCCGUUUAUUCAAACUAUUCCGUGGUGUGACCCAUAGUGAACUCUUCUUUCAUUCCGACCUGAUAAUUGAUGGCUGGUCAGCUCAGAAGUUCAAGGUGACUCCUUGUGGAGGCAAGCUUCACUUUCCAAAAUUGGAGAGGAUAAUACCUGACCCUUGAUGCUGACUCGAUUUGAUGAUGAGAUCCUACUCUGGCCAGGGUUGCUAGGUGUCAUCCGAGAAGAAAAACCAGUCACACUAGAGAGCCCGAUGACCUUGCUUUGGAAGACUGACUGACUGACAUCUCUCAUACCUUGGUUACUGCACCGAAUACACUCCGCCCUGGCUGAAUCCUUGUGCGACGCCUACGCUCUGGAGGAUGUCCUGAUGCAUGAAGAUUUUUUAUUGUAUUCUCUGGAGCACAUUUCGCAAUUUUCCAUAGCGUCUACGCAACUUCGGCCAACUUCCCGAGGAUCUUACGAACAAGUGAAGAAGCGUGGAUUUUUCGCCGAAAAUCACGAUUCAGUGCAGAAAUUUCCCUGUAAUCGCGUAUUGUCGUCGGAUCAACUGGCACCAAUUUUCUCCAAAAGGUUCUUCCUGGUUGAUGUUUGAAGCUUAUACUUCCUUGUCAUAAUUAUUGACAAAUACUUCACAAACCAAACCAAGCCAUCAUUAUCCGGACGUGUUAUUUUUACUCCUCAUGACGAUUGUGUGGUCGUGAACACCUGAUCUGAAGAGUGUCACUCCAGUGAAGUGAACCGUUUGAGAGAUACAUGUACAUGGAGACAGAAUUGGUAUCAACGAUUCAUUCUUAGUUUUCUCGAAAAGUGCUUGAGUUUCCACUCGCUGAGCUGAGAUAGAUCAUUGAGCCUUUUCCGCAAUCAACACUUUCACAAACAGUUGUGAAGAUGGCCAACGCCAAUCCCAAAAAUCUUGGACACACUCGAGAACUACUCCAGUCCUAGGUCACGUCGGGGAAAGUAAGCAAUCAUGGAGUAGAAUUUCCUGCCACACUCCCUGUAUUGUAUUCUAGUCAACCCAUUCGUGCUUCACCCCCAAUUUUCCCAAUCCUGCACCGUCAUUCCAGUGAAACAACCACAAAACCGAACUAUGUCCACACUCCAAACUUUCCUUUCUUCAGCACUUCUCCAUUGUGUUUGGGGAAGUUCUAAUUGGGCGCCCGUAUACGACGCCGUGCCUCGGACUUUAAACUCUCGCGAAGCGAACUACGUGCCAGCCUAUUCGGAAAACGAUGGGUAUUUCCUCGCUGCCUCGCCCAAAGUCCAGCCGACCAAUGCCAAUGAUCACAACAGUGUCGUUAUUGCGCCUAGUUAUACUUCCAACAAAAUCCGGGCUGAACCUCUGACGCAAGAGAUCAAUCUCGUGUCCAAUGCCUCAUUUGCCAAUUUUCAUUCAGACCCUGUCCAUCAGGCUACAAAUCAUGCCCACAGUGCCCUUGCUCAAUCCCCACCUCCUCCACGGCCUCCCCUCACGAGGCCCACGCCCAGACCUCAGUAUCACAAACGACGGAAAUGGCCGGUUCAAGCGGGGUCCGGAAAGGUCCGGACUUGGCAACAAAAGCUAGUGGAUCCAUAUGGGGAUCACCAAUUCGCGCCCUCCUAUGUGGAAGAGACUUACAUCCUUCCCGAGCAAAGUAACGUGGUGCCUGACACAGGAUAUCGUUCCUCCGACGGUUCUUCCGAUGUGUUGGUCUACGAAGAUAUCUAUCCCAAACGUGUUCCUGAUCACGUCCACAAUGCUUGGUUGGAACAACAGAGAAAUGAGCAAGAGCUUCAACAUCUGCGUGAAGUUGAACAUGGGCGGCGUUGGCGAAGAUUUCGGGCUCAACAACGAGCACGUCGACGACAAGACCGAGGUCGUCAUCGCCCUUUGAACCACCAAUUGAUCCGGGAACAACGCGCUCGCUCGCAUUCCAGUGAUCCCAAUGAUCCGAGUCUCUUCCGAUCGCUCCUGGGGGUCACUCCCCAUUGCUUGAGUGAGGAUGUCCAAUUCAGUUGCACUUUCACCCCUGGAUGCUGGUUAGCUGGAGGUGUCCCCCAUCCUGGUUGCAAUUCGUUACUUUACUCCUGUUGUGUGGUCCCCAAUAUGGGCCGAAAGGCCAGUCAGGACAUCACCAUUAUCAACAACAACGACAUCUCAAACCAACCAAUCGCCACUGGUCGCGUUCAAAAGCGUCGCAAGGAAAUCCUCCGAAAUGAGCCCGAAUGCGGGAUCUCCAAACAAAAUGCAUUCAGCAAGCGAAUCAUUGGCGGAGAGAGAGCUCAGUUUGCUGAGCUACCUUGGCAGGUCCAUAUCAGGAUUUCAAGCUAUCAAUGUGGCGGCGUUCUCCUCAAUCACUGGUACGUGGCCACUGCUGCUCAUUGCGUUCAUCAGGCCAAACUAAGUCAGAUCACGGUUCAUCUGGGCGAGUACGAUACCAAGGAUACGGAAAAUAUUGACGAACCCUUAGUCUCCGAGUCCUUUAAAGUAGAGAACAUUGUUCUCCAUCCCGAGUUCAGGUACAUGCUAACUCAACCCGAUCGAUACGACAUUGCCUUGCUUCGAUUGGACCACCCUGUCUAUUACCGGGACAACAUCAUUCCUAUCUGCUUACCUACCAUGGAUUACCCUUUGGAAGGGAAAAUUGGUGUGGUCGCCGGAUGGGGCAAGACCGACAACUCCUUUGGCAAAACGGGCACAAACCUGUUGAACAAAGUCCUGGUUCCAAUUAUAGGGAAUCAGCAAUGCCGCCAAUGGCACAAAGACAAGGCCAUAGCUGUUCAAUUGAAGGAAGAGAUGUUCUGUGCUGGACACAAAGAAGGCAAGCGAGACGCUUGUUUGGGUGAUAGCGGAGGCCCUCUAGUGAUUAAUUUUGAUGGACAGUGGACCUUGAUCGGGAUUACCUCUGCCGGAUUUGGGUGUGCAGUUGAGAAACAACCCGGUAUCUACCAUAAAGUGAGCAAGACAGCACGAUGGAUUGCCAAACAGAUUCAGAAAUCGUGAUCAUUUUUGGAUGGAAGUACUUCUUUGCUGAACAAUGUCAUUAGUGUCCUAAUGUGACAGUGAAGGACUCAUUUAGUGCUUUCAGGGUAAAGAAGGUUUCUUUGUGUUGAAAAUAAAUUCUUGCAGAAAAAAAACA